ACAAGUUAUGUGUGUUAAUGGCAAAUCUGGUUUAAACGCAGCAUUUACUCUAAGGUGCUGUCAUUUUUAAAGACACGUUUGCAUAAAAGUUCCCGUUAUAGCUUAUUAAUUACACCGUUUUACUUCCUCGCUUCUUAAAUAACUGAAGUAUCGCGGUGCCGAUUUGUUCCGAAAUCCCAAUGUUAAGUAAAGUGUAGCUAGUUUCAUUAAGGUACGAUGUACCUGUGUAGUUUAAUAUAGGACAAAGCUUUUUAAAAACGCGUUUGGUUAGUGUUUAAACCUCAUUAGGCUCACAGAGCGUUCAUGAACUUUUAUGUUUCGAAGAGCCGGAAAAGGAAAUGUCAAACUUCUGUCAGUAAACAAGUGGCCACGUCGCUCUUUCCAUCCGCGUACUUUUCAUCUCAUCCGCUUUAGACCCGCCCCCUGUUUUGAUUGACAGAGUGUAGAUACAACCAGCUUCUCCUGUGUGUCUUUCACGGCGAAUGUAAACGCAUUAAUUUUCCCUCUGGUCCAAUCAUAUUCCUUUCUUUAAAUAACGGACACGCCACCGCCGCCUCACCGUUUUCUCUGUUCUGCUCUGGUCCGGGACUCGUCUGCAGGUUUGACUGACAGCACAGCAGCCAAUCAUAUUGUCUGUUUGGGUGGGCGGAUGUUUUUGCAGACUGACACUUGUGUCACCCAAUCAGAUUCUGCUUAGUGGACACGCUGGUGCGGAUUGACGUACACGCGCAGCUAUCGGAGCGCAGAGUUCAGCUUUACGCGCAGCAGCCCAUUUUGCGUGUCCAAUCGGGGUGUGGAGACGGAGUGGGCGGGGCGUUACUAAGGCACCGCCGACUGCAGGUAGAACGCCAAUAACAUGGUGCCUCGGCGACUUGUCUGUUUACGCCAAGAAACGGGAACAGAUAGUUGCUGGAAAACGUUUAAAUGUGGUUGUUUUGCUUUGUAAACCGCGCAAAGCUAUUUUAGAGUGUUUUAUUAUUUAUUUUAAAAUUUGAUUUCACAUUUUCGGUUAUGGGAUUGCUUGUGUACUGAUGUGUCACUUGUCCCAAUGGAAAGGGGGCUUCGCUUUGGCAAUGUGGGCAUAUCCCUUGUGCUGUUGUUGAUGCUGAGAGCUGUGAGUGUGACGACUGUGCAGUUGAACUCUCUGUCCCGGACAGAGCUGGAGACAGCAGACACGGUGAUGGAGAGCAGCAUCGGGGACGCCACGGUGGAGGACGACGAGAGCAGCUCGGCUGGAGACGGCGAGGAACCUGCCGGAGACAGCGACACAAACUUCCACCAACACGGCAGAAGCUUGGUGAUCAUCAGCACACUGGAUGGGCAGAUUUCGGCUCUGGAUCCUCUGAAUCACGGGCGCAAGCAGUGGGACUUGGACGUGGGCUCUGGCUGCUUGCUGUCAUCCAGCUUCAGCAAACCAGAGGUGUUUGGGAACAAGAUGUUAAUCCCGUCUCUGGAUGGAGGUUUGUUUCAGUGGAACAGGGACAGGGAGAGCAUGGAGGCCGUCCCUUUUAGUGUGGAUUCCCUGCUCGACUCUUCUUACCGUGUCGGAGAGGACACCGUGCUGGUGGGAGGAAAAUCGCUCACUACCUACGGCCUGGGAAUCUAUAGUGGCAAGCUGAAGUAUAUCUGUUCGGCCGUGGGCUGCAGUCAUUGGGGAGAGGAAGAGGCCGAGCCAGAAGACAUGCUGUUACUGCAGAGAACACAGAAGACGGUCAGAGCUGUGACCCCUCGCAGCGGCUUUGAGAAGUGGAACUUCAGUGUGGGAAACUUUCAGCUAAAGUUUGUUCCAGAGACUGAUACACAGCUCAGCUUUCUGGAAGGGGAAACGGCCAAUAAGGAGGCGUGGCAUGAACUGCAACGUGAUGGGCCGCGUGUGAUCCUGGAAGAAGCAGAAGCGCAUGGUCAAAACCACGCUAACGCGCACGUACAGACAGAAGGCCUGGACUUAGUGCUCAAAGUGUCUAUUCCAGACUGGAAGGUUAUGGCGUUUAGCAGUGGACCCGGAGGACAGCUCAUCUGGGAGCAUCAGUUCUGCACACCCAUUGCCUCAGCCUGGUUGGUUGGAGGGGGAAAAGUGACCCCUAUCAGUCUGUUUGAUGACACCUCUUACACUGUCCAACCAGAGGGUGAGAUUCAGGAGGAGGACGACGACCUCGUGGAGGAGGCGCGAGGAGCCACAGAGUCGAGUAUUUAUCUAGGGAUGUUUCAAAAGCAGCUAUAUUUACAGUCUUCGGUUCGAAUGACCGAGAAGUUUCCAUCUAAGCCCAAAGCCCUGGACAGCCACCACUCGGGGAGAGACAUCAUUCCUCCUCCCACUGUCAAAUGGAAGCCUCUUAUCCACUCUCCUUCUCGCACUCCGGCUCUUGUGAGGUCAGAGGAGUUCGAUAAGUGUUUGAAGAACGACAAAUUUUCCUAUGAGGAGUACAGCAAUGGUGCUCUUUCAAUACUACAAUAUCCUCACGAUAAUGGGUACUACUUCCCAUACAGUGCACGGUACCGUGGUCGGCGAGAGGUGACCGCAGUGAGCAUAUUGCAUAAAGGUGAGCCUGGCAGGAUGAGGAGGAAGGACCCAGUGCUACUUCUGCCAUGGUGGAAGGAGAUCUUGGGCACCAUCAUCUUUUGCAUUGCUGCUACCACGUACAUCGUUCGCAAGUUCUUCCAUCCACAAACAAUGUACAUGCGGCAGCGGAAGGAGUCUGAGACACAGUGUCAGACAGACACCAAGUUUGAGCCGGACGCCAACGAACUCAGGGAGGCAGUAACAGACUCUCGGCCCACUGAAUACGUGUCCAGGUACCUGACAGACUUUGAACCAGUGCAGUGUUUAGGGCGCGGUGGCUUCGGAGUCGUGUUUGAGGCACGGAACAAAGUAGACGACUGCAAUUAUGCCAUCAAGAGGAUCCGCUUACCCAACAGGGAAGUGGCCCGUGAAAAGGUGAUGCGGGAGGUAAAGGCCUUAGCUAAAUUGGAGCACCCGGGUAUCAUCCGUUACUUCAAUGCUUGGCAGGAGAGCCCACCUCAGGGCUGGCAGGAGGAAAUGGAUCGACGCUGGCUUAAAGAUGCCAGUGUUACUGAUUGGCUGCUGAGCAGUCCUGACCACAUGGAGGCGUUCUCUGUGAAGGUGCCUGUCUCCACUCCCUCUCCUCUGGAUUUGCGGUGCGAGUGUGAGGCUGGUGCUAAUGUCGGUGUGCUCGCUCAGGAUCACGUGUGUGUGGAUGGUUUGGGGAUGGACAGCAUGAUGUCGGAUCAGGACAGUCAUGCCGAUGUUGACCCCGACCUGGAACUCUCAGAAUCCCCACAUUCUUUUGAGCUCUGUCCUCCUCGCACAGUGGCCCAUAACGACUGCACCUCUUCUUCCUUUGACAUCGUUUUUGAAGACUCUGGUUGCGAUCAGCGCGACAAUGAUGCAGAGCUCAGCCAUUCCACACCGGUUCAGAUGCCCUGCCCUUCUCACUCGAGUUCCAGAUCUCAUCGCGCUGCAUCUUCAGGCCCGUUAUCUUUCUCUCCCCCUCGGCCGACGUCUCUGAAGCUGCCACCGCAAGCUCCCGCUCCUGCUCCUCGGCCGGCCCUGACGCCCAAAGUCUACCUGUACAUCCAGAUGCAGCUGUGCAGGAAGGAGAACCUGAAGGACUGGAUGGCACAGCGCUCUCAGCCUGAACUCCGAGAGCACUCGCAGUGUCUCGAAAUCUUUUUGCAGAUCGCCGAAGCUGUCGACUUCAUCCACAGCAAGGGACUUAUGCAUCGAGACCUAAAGCCCUCUAAUAUCUUCUUCACACUGGACGAUGUAGUGAAAGUUGGGGACUUUGGGCUGGUGACUGCUAUGGAUCAGGAGGAAGACGAUGAUGAGGAAAUAAACACCCUCACCCCUAUGCCAGUUUACGCUCGCCACACUGGCCAAGUGGGCACUAAACUCUACAUGAGCCCAGAACAGUUGUCAGGGAACUCGUACUCUCAUAAAGUGGAUAUUUACUCUCUGGGGUUGAUCCUGUUUGAGCUGCUCUGCCCAUUUCGCACACAGAUGGAGAGAGUCAGAACUCUCACCAAGGUCCGGGAGCUGAAGUUUCCCAUUUCCUUUUGUAAAAGCAAUGUUCUGGAGGCUCAGAUGGUGCGCUCUAUGCUCUCGCGUGUUCCUGCCGAGCGGCCCGAAGCGUCCGAGAUCACAGAGACCCCACUGUUUCAGGAGCUUGAGGUGCCCUGCAGAAUCAGGCCACGCUCGCGAACGUACAGCGCCUCAUCCACGGGCCGGCCGUCACGACCAUUAUCCAGCUCCAGUUAAAACACAGACAUGUCCGCUGAGCUCU